GUCGAAGAUACUGAGCUCUACAAGCACCUUCAGCUCCGUACAGACAUGGCUCUCCAGGCUGCCUACUCGCUUCUUCCUUCUACUACUGCUUCAAUCCACAAAGAGGGUAGAUUCAGUGCUUCUCUGAAGGAGACAACUCUAACUAGUUUUUCAUUUUCAAACAACCUCAGAGCCGACAAGAUCUCAACCCUGUUAACCAUCAAGGAACAGAGAAGAAAACAAACUCCGCCGUUUUCCACUGCCAUUCGUGCACAGACCGUUACAGCAACGCCGCCGGCGAACGAAGCCUCGCCGGAGCAAAAGAAGACUCAGAGAAAAGGCACAGCAGUGAUCACCGGAGCUUCCUCUGGUUUAGGUUUAGCUACGGCCAAAGCUUUAGCAGACACAGGGAAAUGGCAUGUGAUCAUGGCGUGCAGAAACUUUCUCAAGGCCGAGAAAGCAGCUAAAUCCGUAGGAAUGUCAAAGGAAGAUUACACAGUGAUGCAUCUUGAUCUUGCUUCCUUAGAAAGCGUGAAGCAGUUCGUUGAUAACUACAGGAGAACAGAACGGCCGUUAGAUGUUCUUGUCUGCAAUGCUGCUGUUUACCAACCAACAGCUAAAGAACCUUCUUUUACAGCUGAAGGGUUUGAGCUAAGCGUUGGAACCAACCAUCUCGGUCAUUUUCUUCUCUCUAGGUUGCUUCUUGAUGACCUGAAAAAAUCAGAUUAUCCAUCAAAACGUAUGAUCAUCGUAGGAUCUAUAACAGGAAACACAAACACUUUGGCUGGGAACGUGCCGCCGAAGGCAAACCUUGGAGACCUAAGAGGCUUAGCGUCGGGUUUGAACGGGCAAAACAGUUCGAUGAUAGAUGGAGGAGAGUAUGAUGGAGCCAAAGCUUACAAAGACAGCAAAGUAUGUAACAUGCUGACGAUGCAGGAGCUUCACAGGCGUUACCACGAGGAAACAGGUGUCACGUUUGCUUCUCUUUACCCUGGUUGCAUCGCUACAACAGGGUUGUUUAGAGAGCACGUACCUCUGUUUAGGCUUCUGUUUCCGCCUUUUCAGAAGUAUAUCACCAAAGGUUACGUAUCUGAAGAGGAAGCUGGGAAAAGAUUAGCACAGGUUGUGAGUGAUCCGAGUCUGGGGAAGUCAGGGGUAUACUGGAGCUGGAACAACAACUCGUCUUCGUUUGAGAAUCAGCUGUCUAAAGAAGCAAGUGAUGCUGAGAAGGCUAAGAAACUUUGGGAGGUCAGCGAAAAGCUUGUUGGUUUGGCUUGAUGCAAACACAUUUUAGAUUACAAGACUUCUGUGAAAUGUACCAUAAACUCAUUAGAUUACAGAUUUAAUAAUCAUUGUGAAUGGACUUUCUAAAGUUUUUAAGGUUUGUCAAGAAAAUUAGAGGGGUAGCAUAGAAAGACUAUUUGAUCUGAUCAAGCCGUUGAUUUUUAAUCACAAUAAUGAACGAAAAGUUUGUAAGUGCAUAUACUAAUCAACAUCAAUCAAUACUCAAUGUUAAACUUGCCAAGCAAAAUUAAAGAAUAGUUUAAGGUCGUUCUCU